AUGGGACCUCCUGAUUUCAGCUUCGGUCGGAAUGUCAACCUGUCCGCCACUUCGUCAAAUGAUGUAUCUGCUGCAUCGUCCCCAGGUCUCAAGGAGCCUGUGGAUUCUCCGCUAGAUCAGCCAACAGAAGAGAUCCUGCCUCGAGAUCGCCAGCAAAAGACUGCGACGUACGACUAUGCGUAUGAGAAGUCCUUGAGUCACGCCGAGGCAAGAUUAUUCUACCAGCACCACCAGCUAGCCUCGCGCGGUGAAAACCCCUUGCCCCCGAGCCCAGGAAUUACAGCCCGGUCGGCGACGGAUUCGCACCCCGAAGAACUGCCGCCUCCCCAACAGGACUCGAUGUGGACCCAGAGCUCCCAGGAGGGUUCUAUGGUGCUGGAUUCGGAUCCCACAACACUACACCUGAAGUCCCCCAGGGACCACGAAGCCUCGGCACACUACCUGGAGGACCAGGAUGUCGCCAAUCUCUCCGCUCAAACCCAGGCUGCGCAUUUGGGCGCGGCUCAUGGACCUGGUGCAUACCUUGCAGCAGCGGAGAGUCUGCACAGCGCCAACACGGGCAUUGGAGCACCUCAGGUGCCCAGCGGGUUUGCGCCGGGCAAUGAUGCCGUGACGUCGGAGCUGAACUCCAUUUACCGCAAGAUCAAGAAGCUCCUGGAUCGUCGAGCCCAAUACAUGGAGCUUUCGUUGCAAGGUCCAGGAAUGAACCCAAUGGAUCAACCAGACUGGGAGAUCUACCCGCCUCCUCCAGAGCCAGCGUGGGACGACGGCAAAGAAUAUCAACCCGGCCACAUUGGUGGACCCUCCGAACCUAGCGGCAAGAAGAGGAAGAUGGGUCAAGACAUUGGAGAAGAUUUUGACAUGGAGGAAGUAAUGCCUCUUCCCGAGAAAUCAUCGUGGACGUAUAAACUCGAUGGAAACAGCGUGUACCAGGUCUUUGAGUCUGAAACGGCCGCUGACGGGCAGAAGCCCAUCGUCCAGAUCCCCUCGUUGCGCGAUUUUUACAUGGAUUUGGAUGCCAUUGUAGACGUAUCAACAGAUGGACCUGCAAAGAGCUUUGCCUUCAAGCGGCUUUCCUAUUUGGAGGGGAAGUUUCAACUUUACACGCUGCUCAAUGAAUACCAGGAGAUCGCAGACAGCAAGAAGGUCCCUCACAGAGACUUUUACAACGUCCGUAAGGUGGACACUCACGUUCAUCAUUCUGCUUGCAUGAAUCAGAAGCAUCUUCUUCGUUUUAUCAAGAGUAAGAUGAGAAAGUCUCCAGAUGAGGUUGUCCUCUUCCGAGACGGGAAACAUUUGACCUUGAGGGAGGUCUUUGAAAGUAUCAAUUUGACUGCCUACGACCUCAGUAUUGAUACACUGGACAUGCAUGCACACACUGACUCUUUCCAUCGCUUCGAUAAAUUCAAUUUGAAAUAUAAUCCAGUGGGUGAAUCACGUCUGCGUGAAAUCUUCCUCAAGACGGACAAUUACAUCAAGGGUCGCUAUCUGGCCGAAAUCACCAAGGAGGUGAUCUCAGACUUGGAAUCUAGCAAAUAUCAGAUGGUGGAAUGGCGAAUCUCGAUCUAUGGUCGAUCCCUUCAAGAAUGGGAUAAGCUUGCUGCCUGGGUCGUGGACAAUAAGUUGUUCUCGCCCAAUGUUCGUUGGCUGAUCCAGGUGCCUCGUCUCUAUGAUGUGUACAAGGCCAGUGGCAUGAUGGAGAACUAUGAGCAGGUGAUCACCAAUGUUUUCCAGCCCUUGUUUGAAGUGACCAAGGAUCCCUCAAGUCAUCCCAAGCUUCACAUCUUCCUCCAGCGCGUGGUCGGAUUUGACAGUGUAGAUGACGAGAGCAAGGCCGAACGUCGGCUUUACAGGAAGUAUCCUAUUCCUCGAGAGUGGAAUACCAAGCAGAACCCGCCUUACACUUAUUGGCUUUAUUUCAUGUUUGCCAACAUUGCCUCGCUCAACAACUGGCGCAAACGUCGUGGAUUUAACACCUUUGUCCUUCGACCACACUGCGGUGAGGCAGGCGACCCAGACCAUUUGGCCGUUGGCUUCCUCUGCUGCCAUAGUAUCAGUCAUGGUAUUCUGCUGCGCAAGGUGCCUCUUCUGCAAUAUCUCUACUAUCUGGAUCAGAUUGGUAUUGCCAUGUCACCACUCAGUAACAAUGCGCUGUUCCUCACAUACGACAAGAACCCAUGCGCUAGUUUCUUCAAACGAGGACUCAAUGUGUCAUUGUCCACCGAUGAUCCUUUGCAGUUUGCCUUUACCAAAGAACCCCUGAUCGAGGAAUACUCGGUUGCAGCGCAGAUUUACAAAUUUAGCGCAGUCGACAUGUGCGAGCUUGCUAAGCAUUCGGUUCUCCAAAGUGGAUUUGAGCUUUCACUGAGGGCUAGAUGGCUUGGUUCAAACUGCUCGUUGCCAGGAGUUGCUGGUAACAAUGUCGCAAAGAGCAAUGUCCCAGACAUUCGGGAGGCUUUCCGACAUGAGACUUUGCUUGGAGAAUUGUCUUUGAUUGAAAGUCAUUCUGAAAGCAAUGUGAUCCAGGACCAAAAGAGCCUGGCACCAGACUCUGUUCCAAAUCAGCCCAGCAAAGCAGGAGAUGCUAUACCUGCGAACAAUGCUCCUGCAACUAAACCACGUUCCGAGUCCCGUUCUAGUGUGGCUGGCACAGAUAUUUCACAGAGUGAGCUUCCAAUUCAAUUGGCAACCUCCCCUUCGUCGACUCAUUUGGCUCGGUCUCCUAGUAGCGCAGCCUUGGGAAAUGUUAGUGGCGCAGAUGGGCUACCAGAGCAAAAGAUCUUCCCAGGCAUUGUCCACGAAAGAGCUCGCAAAGGAAACAUGCAUCAAUAG